GCCUAUCGUACGCGCAUUGUGCUCGUCCGGCCACCAGCGGACGCCGAAGCAGCGGCUGACGAAUUCACCCACCGGCUGUGGCACGAGUCCUUCCUGCCCACCUCCCUCACCGACUCCGGCGAGCCGCGCCUCGUGCAUUCCUACACCGAGGCCGUCAGCGGCUUCGCGGCCAGGCUCACCGACUCCGAGCUCGACGCGGUCGCCAGCAAGCCGGGGUUCGUGCGCGCGUUCCCGGACCGCACGCUCCAGCUCAUGACCACGCACACGCCGGAGUUCCUCGGCCUCAGGCAGGGCCCCGGGUUCUGGAGGGACGUCGCCGGGUACGGGAAGGGCGCCAUCGUCGGCCUCCUCGACGUCGGCAUCUACGGGGCGCACCCUUCCUUCGCUGACCACGGCGUAGCGCCGCCGCCGGCCAAGUGGAAGGGCACGUGCGCCGGCUCCGCGUCCCGAUGCAACAGCAAGCUCAUCGGCGUCAAGUCCCUUGUCGGGGACGACGCCGGGGACGACUUCGGCCACGGGACGCACACCUCGUCCACGGCAGCGGGGAACUUCGUCGCCGGCGCCUCGAGGGACGGCAUGGCCGCCGGCACCGCGGCCGGGGUCGCCCCCGGCGCGCACGUCGCCAUGUACAAGGUGUGCACUGGCAAGGGGUGCUCCGACUCGGCCGUGCUGGCCGGGAUGGACGCGGCGGCGAUCAAGGAUGGGGUGGACGUCAUCUCCCUGUCCCUCGGUGGCAACGCCACGUUCCGAUUCGAUCACGAUCCCAUCGCCAUCGGCGCCUUCAGCGCGGUGGCCAAGGGCAUCACCGUGGUGUGCGCGGCCGGCAACAACGGCCCCAAGCCAGCGUCCGUCGUCAACGACGCUCCGUGGCUGAUCACCGUCGCUGCGAGCUCGGUGGACCGGAGCCUCCUCGCGGAGGUUCAGCUCGACGGGGGCGUCGCCGGCGAGGCGAUUAACCAGCAGCAGGUGACCAACUCGAGCACGUUUCCCGUCCUCUACUCCGAGGAGCGGCGCAGCUGCAUCUACCGCGGCGAGGAGCAACGCAGAGCCGUCGCCGGAAAGAUCGUGAUCUGCGAGGCCGUCGACAACCUUCUACCCUACAACACGUCGGAGAAGUCCAUCCUCCGUGACAUCAAGAGCGCCGGCGCCGCCGGCGUUGUGCUGAUCAACACCAAGGCUGACGGGUACACCACCGUCCUCUACGACUACGGCUCCGGCGUGGUCCAGCUGACCGCAGCCGACGGAGCCAGAGUCACCAGCAAGUACGCGUCGUCCAAUAACUCGGUGACCGCGGUCAGGUUCAGGUACAGCCACAGGACGGUGCUCGGCGUCCGCCCAUCUCCUGCCGUGGCCUCCUUCUCGUCGCGUGGUCCAAGCACCAUCACCCCGGGCGUGCUCAAGCCGGACGUCCUGGCUCCGGGGCUCAACAUCCUCGCCGCGUACCCGCCCAAGACCCUUCUCGGAGCCGGCCCUUUCGACGUCCUGUCCGGCACGUCCAUGUCCACGCCGCACAUCAGCGGCGUCGUCGCGCUCAUCAAGAGCGUGCACCCCGACUGGUCGCCGGCGGCCAUCAAGUCGGCCAUCAUGACGACCUCCGACGCCGUCGACAGGAGCGGCGGCCCGAUCCUGGACGAGCAGCACAGGCAUGCCAGCGCGUACGCGACCGGCGCCGGUCAUGUCAACCCCGGCAGGGCCACCGACCCCGGCCUGGUGUACGACCUCGGCGCCGCCGACUACGCCAGCUACAUCUGCGCGCUCCUGGGCGAGGCCGCGCUGGCGGUGAUCGCGCGCGACUCCUCGAGCCUGAGCUGCGCGAAGCUGCCCAAGACGCCGGAGGCGGAGCUCAACUACCCGACCAUCAAGGUGCCGCUGCAGCCGGCGGCGCCGUUCACGGUGAAGCGGACGGUGACGAACGUGGGGCCGGCGGCGUCGACGUACACGGCCAAGGUGGAGGCGCCCAAGUCCCUGACGGUGCGCGUAUCGCCCGGGACGCUGGUGUUCACCAAGGCCGGCGAGAAGAAGACGUUCAGCGUCACGGUGAGCGGCGGCCAAGGCGGCGACGUGUUGCAAGGCAGCUUGAGCUGGGUGUCAGGACAGCAUGUCGUCAGAAGCCCGAUCAUCGCCGCGUAG